GAUCACCAAGAGCGACCGUACCCAAUGCCCAUGGCCGAGGAGAUCUUCGACAAGCUGGCUGCAGGACAGGUCUACUCAACCUUGGACCUCCGUCAAGGAUUCAAUCAGAUACCAAUCAAGGAGGAGGAUAAGGCUAAGACGGCGUUUCAUGGGCCAGACAGACUGUACGAAUGGAAUUAUAUGCCAUUCGGGUUGAAGAACGCUUCAGCGAGGUUCCAGCGAGUGAUGGAUCAAGUGCUGAGGGAGGUACCGCGUGCACUCUGUUACAUAGACGACGUGGUAAUCUUCAGCGAAAACGGGUUGCAGCACGUGGCAGAUGUAGCCGACGCCCUAGCAGCAAUACAAGCGGCCGGACUGAAGUGCCAUCCAGGAAAGUGUCAUUUCGGGGUGAGGACAGUGGCGUACCUGGGGUUUCAGGUGGGGAAAGGAGGCCUCUCGGUGCAGCAGGCCAAAGUGGAGGUGGUCGAUAGACUCAAAGCGCCAACAGAUCGGAGCACCCUCCGCGCUCAGCUGGGCUUUCUGAGCUACUACCGCAAGUUCGUGCCGAACUUCAGCAAGACGGCAAGGCCCUUGAAUCUGCUCCUGAGAGAGGACAUGACCUGGAACUGUCGCAUAAAUCGCAUGAACGGAAAAGUGUCAUGAGAUAUAUGGGACAGCGCGGAAGGGAAGAGGUGUAGAAAGUGUAAGGAAAAUACGUAAAGAGGAUUGUUAUGCGGGGUAAUGUGGGGAAGUACAGUGAUGGGUCGAAAAGCUCAUGGGAUUGAGCGGGCGAGACAGCUGGAGGUGGCGAAUGGGAGACAGUGUCCAGCUCAGUGGGGACAGGAGCGGCUGGUUAGGUCGACAUGCAGAAGAGUGAGGGAGGUAAGGGGCCGGAUUCAGGGGACAGCGAGGAGGCGUAAUCAUUAGUGCAGGUAAAAAGGCUAACCUCGAGGGAGUGAGGGACCUGGGUGACGGAGUGCCUUCGGCUAGGAGUAGCGUAAAGGAGCUUGUUCGUCGUAUGUCAGCUACUCUGUUUGUUCUCUCGUAACAUUGGGAAGGUUGUAUGGCUCUUGCUAGU